CUGAGUGUGAGGCGGUCUCUCUUUCUCUCUUUGUCUCCCUUUUUUCUAUCUCUCUCUCAGUCUGGACUCUGAGGGAUCGGGAUUUUCUCACCAAAAGUACACAGACCUCAGAGCCACGGGCAUUCACUAUCCAAAAACGACGUGGGUUUGGAUUAUUACCGUCACUGAAAUGCGCUGAAGUUAAAUUUAUAUCGCAACUGUAAUGCAUCUCACACGGAGAAAUGCAUCGCACCGUUUGUAGUUUAUUUUAAGGACACAUCCUAAAACCAGUCGGGGUCUCGUUUUUGCUUUCAUGGUGAAUCGGUCUAUCAGGAUGAACUUGCAGUGGAGCAGUCCGGCACAAUGCAUCCGCACCGGGAGAGUCGCGCACAAGCGGCUGGACUCAGACGAUCAGCCGCCAGCCAAAUGCGCCAGGCUGAGCGCCGAGGCGGGGGACACACAGGGACUCCUCGCCACCUCUCCCGGCUCCCCGGUCAGCCCAGUCUCAAGCCCUGUCCCGGCGACCCACCAGGGGCCAUCCAGUAUAGGACCGUUUCUGCUUCUACCUCUGGCGGACCGGGAGAGCGUGCACAGCGCGAUGAACACCAACAGUGGCGAUGAGCUGCUGUGCAAGGUCUUUGAUAUGGGGGUGUACCAGGAAAAGAUCAGAGCCUACGGCAUCCUACCAGCCCACAGAAAUGUGGCCGGCGUAAGGGACAUCAUCCUUGGCGAAUGCAAAGCCUACGUGUUCCUGGACAAGGACUUUGGGGACAUGCACACCCUAGUGAAGAGCUGCCGCAGGCUGGAUGAGGAGCAUGCCUGCAGCCUCUUCCGUCAGGUGGCUUUGGCUGUGGCACACUGCCACCAGGCUGGCAUCGUGCUGGGUGACCUUAAACUGCGAAAGUUUGUCUUCGCUGAUGAGAAAAGGACACAGGUGAGACUAGAAAGCCUCGAGGACUGCCGCGUCCUAGAAGACCCAAGCAACGACUCCAUGUCAGACACCCACGGCUGCCCUGCCUACGUCAGCCCAGAGAUCCUCAGCGGCUCUGCGCCUUACUCUGGCAAGAUGGCCGACAUGUGGAGCCUGGGGGUCAUGCUGUACACUAUGCUGGUUGGGCGCUACCCCUUCCACGACCCAGACCCGGCCACGCUGUUUUCCAAAAUCCGCAGAGGCCAGUGCUGUUUGCCAGAGGGCUUGUCGCCCAGGGCCAAGUGUCUGCUCCAGAGCCUGCUGAGGAAAGAACCCUGGGAGAGACUCACGGCGAAUGAGCUGCUCGCUCACCCGUGGUUCCACCAGCCGCCGUCGUCGCAGGAAGUGGCGCUGGGUGAACAGGAAGCAAGCUCGGCAGAACAGAUGGUGCCAUCCUUUGCCGUUGAAGAGGAUGAUGAUCUGUUCUGCUGACGAACUUGAUUCAGCUGAGUCUGGCUGAGGGACCAAAACAGAGAUUGCUAUGAGGGAUCCAUUGUUGUUUGUUUUUUUACAUUGGCACUUUUUAGAAACCCAUUUGUGUACUGUCGAGUGUACAUACACCCUCAAGCUUUCAACAAAAACUUACUGUACUGUAUUUUGUUGUCGUAUGUGCGUUACUUGCUAAGGGCAUUGUUCACAAUGAUCACGCAUUGUGUUUUUAUAUGUAUGUUUUUGAAAGUAUGUGGUGCUAAAAGAAAUCACAAGGACUCAAGAUUAUUUGCCAGAUUAUGUUAACAAAAUGAUCUCUAUCACAGAGAAGUAACCAAUGGCAAAGAGUUGUCACCAAUGGUUGCUCUGAGCCCGGACUCACAAGGCUUCAGAAAGCAUUAGAUGAAUCCUGAACGGGAGGCGAGGAGACUUGAUGUUGUUCCUCUCUCGGGCCACGCUGGAGGCUCCGCCGGCUGACUCACCGAUCCGGCUCAAAGAAGGCCAAGCACAAGCUUAACGUCUCGCAGCAGGCAGUGUCGUAGAGUGAGAAAGAUGCUUAGCAGGGGACUGAUUGUCACACUCAGCGGGGGACGCUACCAAGGUGUCUCACUGCCAGUGCUACAUGCUUUCGUCUAAGCGAAUGGAGAGCAUUUACAAAUCUCACACCAUGCACAGAAGGUUGAGAAAGGCGGGGUGUUACUGUGUAAAACUCACAGAAAAGUGUGGAUAGUUUGUCUCUCACACACACACACACACCUAAGUUUUUGUAAAUGGCUAACGGAGAAAGAAAGAAGAAGUCUCAGUAAUUUUCUUAUUUGUAACAGUUAAAACUAAACCUUUUAAAAAACAUGCUCAAACCUGAAUAGAUCAUGAAAAAAGGUUGCAAAUUUGACUAUGAUCUACAUUAUCUGUCCGGCUCUUCUGAAACGCUGUGUGUGCAAUUAGCCAAAGCUAAACCUAACACUAAUGGUUCUGGUUUAAAAUGAAAUGCUGAAAGGAACUCUGGUUUUAAAGACUUGGUCACAUGCCUUUGCAGUAACAGAGAUGGUUGGAUAAAUCUUACGCCAGAAAUCAAAUGGUACUUCCUCCUGACGCAAUAUGAGUUAUCACUCAAUCCAACGAUGUUUGUAAUUUUUAAGAAAUGUGUCAAAUAUCCAGUUAAGGAACCAUCAAUCAGAAAGAAAACUUGUUACAGAAAAAUGAAGACUUUCAGUGGAACCAGUUAUGUUCAUUUCUGUUGGAAAAUGUUGUCAAGCUGCGUUUCUUUGACAAAGCUGAGCUGUGUCGAGUGCUGUGCCCGUAUCACUGUGUUUCAUAAACUGAAUGGCUCUGAAUCAGUCGCAGUCAGGCGAUAUUUGAUGUUGGUUGUCUGAUGAUGACUCAUCACUUGAGCGCGUCUGUAGAGAAUGGUCCUGACCUUGGCUGGAAGAAUCUGUCCUGACUGUUUCACCUCUUUUAAAUGGUACUUUUUUUUCCCCUUCCUUUUAUUUUUUUUGCUGUUAAAAGCUGUGGAUCCAUGGAGACUAGUCUUCAUAGUUAGUGACAAGAUGUACCACGUUCUAAAAUAGGUUUUAUCUUGGACUGUGACAGGCGGAUGCAGCACUAGUGUGGUUUAUCCUUACAGGCUAUUGAAGAUCUGCAGCCAGCUAUUUCAUUGUGGCACAAUCAUUUUGACGAUGGUACUAAAUCUGCCAUAUCUGAGAAACGCUGUGCAUUAAAUAUUUGGGUCACGCAUUUGACUAAUAAAACCUCUAUUCCAGUUCUUGAAUUAAUUUUCUCUCAUCUGCUCGAGAGAUGGGAACAGACCUGUGACAAUCUGAAUUGUUCCUCACAGAAAAGUAAUUUAAAAAGAUUUAUGAUUUUACAUGUAGUGAGUCACACAUUCAAGUGACACGUAGAGUAAACUGACACGGGUGCACAAACUUCAUAUUGCACUGUGAAUUACAUAUUUGUGACACAACCUAGAGGCUGUUACUGGUCCAGACAGGUUACACAUGAGAUAUAUUCAUUGUACAAAAGAUGUAAAUAUGUAUAUUUGAAAUAUGUGUGGAGAUGUUGAAUAAAGAUCACAUUUUUUCAUA